GUAGCCAAUCAUGUUGCAGCUUCUUCGAAAACGUCACCGCAUCUUUUUUUUCUUCAUCUUGUAAACACGUGUACACCGUGGUGUGUGUGGAAAAACUAAAAAACUAAGUUAAACUACACGUUCGCAACAACAUCCUUAAAAUGGCAAAAAGCCUGCGGAGCAAAUGGAAGCGUAAAAUGCGCGCAGAGAAGAGGAAGAAAAACGCUCCCAAAGAGCUGGCUCGUCUGAAACAAGCUCUGAAUCUGGAUAAGAAAGGAGAAGCUGUCAUGACUGACGUGCAGGAAAUCGCCACUGUGGUGCCAGCUGACAAGAUCAAGAAGCAGGCGGAUGUUGACAUGGCAGAGGUGGCAGAGGGUGAUGAUGGGAAGAUGGACAUGGACAGCAAGCGCAACAAGAAAACACUGCUGAAUGAAAAUGGACAGUACCCUGCCUGGAUGAGCCAGCGGCAGGCCAAGAAAAUGAAAGGCAAACGGAUGGCGAAGAAAAGCAGCCAGGGCAAGAAGAAGAAGGGUAUCGCCUGGUGAACCAAAGGAAAUCAGAGGACGUUUUCUUUGCUUUAAAGACUUUUGAUGCAGAAACACAGGAUCAUUUCAUGUAUCGACUGUCACUUUCUGCUAUUGGAUGUCAUUCAUUCAGUGGAUUAUGCGAUCCAUGCUUGUGCCCCAGAGCCUGUUGUUGUAAAGUAAUUCACUGCAGGAACAUGUUUGUUCUUAUGGAAGCAGCUCCAACUUAACGUUAGGACGAGUGCAGACAUAAGUUUGAAGAAAAUGAGACCUGUGCAAAAUAUGUCUGCCUUCAUCUUGUCUUAAUUCAUCACAGAGGUGCAGGUGAUUGUCACAUAUUCUAUACUGCAAUUUAAAUUGUUUCAUAUUCUGAUAAAAAAAUGUAUUUACAGAUUUUGCUGAUUGUAGGUUUUGUCUCAUACCGUUUAAGACCUCAGCUCAGGUUUGAGGGACUGUGGACAUUUGUCACAUGUGAGUUUGCUGAAUACACCACAAUGGUUAAGACAGUGCUGCAGAUAAAACACUUCUUUCUUGUAAAACAGUAACAUCAUUAACUUUUUUAUUCAGGUUUUAGUCAUAUGAUCAUGAUUAAAUUCCAGUAGAAGACGAUGAAUGAUAAUAACCCUGAUGUUACUGUAAAAGGAUAACAAUAAAAGAUGUUGCCAUGCAAAAAACAAAAAGAAA